AUGACCCCUAAGCAACCAGCAAUGGACCCGGAGAGAGUCCGCUCGUCUUUGGCCUCGGAACACGCAGCAUCCCAUCAACAAGAGGGAAUUUCAGAGCUUGGAGCUUCCCCCCUUGUUUCUGUGUUCGCCCAAAUCAAACACUCCCCACCUCGCCAUGCGAGCGCACAGGUGAAAGCUUGA